AUGGAGGGGAACGAACCCGACGCCCCUCGCCGCCUCGACCACGCCACCUCACCGGACUGCCUCCCCAUCUCCGACGCCGUCGUCCCCGUCGUCCUCUCCACGCCCCACUGCCCCGUGCCCUACAACCCCCGUGAGCGCACCCCCCUCCUCGCUGUCUUCCCCCGCAUGCUCGCACCCGCCUCGCCGCGCCCGAGCUCGCGUGCUCCUCACCGCGCCCUCCACGCCCGUGCGCGUCCAGCGCCCGCGCUCGCGGCACCCCGCCCGCGCGGCCCUGCUCCGGCCUUCCGCCCGCUUCCCCUCUGCAGCCGCGCCCCGCGCCGCUCACCCUGA